GGUAUACAGAGUAAGGGAUAAAACAGCGGUUCGGGGCGCUUUCGUCUUUCUUAUUUCUUCACACGCUCCACUCGAUCUACGAACUAUCACACGAUAUGCUACUAGCCAAUAUAUUCAACCCAACAAGACUCAGAGCUCCACUGCGCGCAAGUGCAAUAGCUCGAGAGAAUGGACGAGGCAUUCCGAAACAAGGAUGGUCGAUUGUCAGCCGACAUUCAAGAUGCAUGUCCUCAGUCAUGAAUGCCAAUGGACAGCCCGAGCUCAAGGAUCCAUCUUUAAUCAUCCAUGCUGGCUUUAUCGACGGUGAAUUCGUCAAGACCGCGUCUUCUGGACGAAAGUUUCCUGUCUAUGAUCCUGCACGCGGAACCGAGAUUGCGAGCUUCCCAGAUAUGGGAGUGGAAGACACGGAGAGAGCUAUUCAGGCGGCCAAGCGCGCCUUGCCAGAAUGGAACCAAAAGACGGCCAAGGAGCGCGGUGCAAUUCUUCGCAGGUGGUAUAAUCUGAUGAUCGAGAACGAAGAGGAUCUAGCAAAGAUCAUUACAUGGGAGAACGGAAAGACGUUGACUGAGGCCGUGGGGGAAGUCCGAUACAGCGCUAGUUUUUUCGAGUGGUUCUCCGAGGAGGCUAAGAGGCUGUAUGGCGAAGUUAUCCCCAGUCCGAGCAAGCAGCAGCGCAUGAUCGCAAUCAGGCAGCCUUUAGGCGUUGUCGGUGUAAUUACACCUUGGAACUUUCCUUCUGCAAUGCUGACACGCAAACUAGGAGCUGCCUUGGCGGUUGGAUGCACUGUGGUCGCAAAGCCUGCGUCAGAGACACCCCUGUCAGCGAUUGCACUGUGUGAGCUAGGGAAAAGGGCUGGUCUGCCCAAGGGAGUUGUCAAUGUCGUGACAGCCCAUACUUGCACCAAGGAUGUGGGGAAACACCUCUGUGAGAGUUUGGACGUUGCAGGCAUCUCAUUCACGGGAUCUACAGCCGUGGGAAAGCAUUUAUUGAAGCAAAGUGCGGACACCGUCAAGAAAGUCUCGCUGGAGCUUGGUGGCAACGCUCCAUUCAUUGUUUUUGAGGAUGCGGACAUCGACAAGGCUGUCGAAGGCGCCAUUGCUGCCAAGUUCCGUGCUAGCGGGCAGACUUGCAUCUGCGUAAACCGGUUCUACGUCCAUUCAUCCGUAAAAGAUGAGUUCAGUCAGAAGCUGCGCGAAAGGGUUAAAAAGUUCAAUGUGGGCUCAGGCUUUGACAAGGAUACAACCCAAGGACCCCUGAUCAACGACAAAGCAGUAGAGAAGGUGCGCUCCCAUGUUCAAGACGCAGUUGACCACGGAGCCAAGGUGCUUGUCGGAGGCGAGCAAAAGGAGAAGGCCGAGACCACGCAUGGAUAUUUCUAUCCGCCUACGGUGUUAGGGGACAUGAAGAACAAUAUGAGAAUUGCUAGCGAAGAAACUUUUGGACCAGUCGCUGGAAUUUUCUCAUUCGAGACGGAAGAGGAGGUACUUGAAGCAGCCAACAACACCCGAUUCGGUCUCUCGGGCUACUUUUUUAGCAAAGACAUUUCCAGGUGCUGGAGAGUGGCCGAGAGAUUGCAGGUCGGCAUGGUCGGCGUAAAUACGGGAACUAUCUCAUCUGAGGUGGCACCUUUUGGAGGCAUUAAAGAAUCAGGUAUCGGGCGCGAAGGCGCGAGACAAGGACUGGACGAGUACUCGCAGUACAAGUACAUCAACAUGGGACUUUAGCUUACAGAGACGACCCAUCCUGACGUUUCAAGUUGUCCUCGACGUCCUGUAGUUUUUUGUAAGCGUCGGCACCAAUAAAGAUAUUCUGGCAAUACA